UUUACGACAGUACUGUACAUGUGCUCUAAAAGCCAUAAUAGUUCGAAGUCCCUAGAACCAUAAGGUUGGCAGAGAUGAAUUUUCCCGGAGAGAGUGCGUCUUUUUAUUGAUAUUGGCUACGAUUAAAGGACUGUAAAAGCCAAUGGAGUUAAUUUUGUGAAAGUUUCUGAAUAUAUUUUAUAUAACUAAUGCAUAUUAAUCAUAGUUUUUUUUUGCAAUAGAAAACAAAAGUUUUUUUCUAAUGUACAAAUCAUGACAAAAAAAUCAGCUUCCAAAGUCUUCUAGAGAACUGACUAAAGCCAUUGUUUUUAUAAGAUUAAUUUUGAUAAACACACAAUAAAUAAAAGUUAACGAUGGACAGAUUUUACCGCCUAAUGUUAUAUAAGAGAUCUGUUAAAUGAUAAUUUAAAUUAAUAUCACAUACCACGUUGAAGGAAGACGUCAUAGUAUAAAAAAGUACAUUCUAACUUAAAUUUAUUAUUAGGUGUGUGCCUAACAACAAACAGAUAUAAUCAUUAAAAGAUGGUUCUUACAAACGUUUUGUCUUAUUUGGUCGUGAAUGUAGUCGCCCCGUUGUUGGCAGCCGUUCAACUCGUAAUAAUUUCUCUCACGUCUGGAAUUACGCAAAAUUACCCGUCACAGGCUUCAAUUUAUGAUAAUCAAAGCUUUGACUUCGUGAUAGUAGGCGGUGGUGCUGCCGGUAGCGUGGUUGCUAACCGAUUGACUGAGAUCUCCAAUUGGAAUGUAUUGCUUAUCGAAGCUGGUGACUACCCCACAUUAGCUUCAGAUAGCCCUGGAAUAUCAGUAUUAACUGCACCAGCUUUGCCCCACUGGCCCUAUACGUCUAUUAAUGAUGAAUACUCUAGUCAAGAACAAAAAUCGAAAAGCAUUUACUACAUUCAAGGCAAAAUGCUGGGAGGAUCGAGUGGUAUCAAUUUUAUGUAUUACGUAAGAGGUAAUGAGAAAGAUUUUGAAGAAUGGGUCGAUCUAGGUAACGAAGGAUGGGAUUACAAAAAUGUCACUCAGUAUUAUAUAAAGAGUGAAAAUUUUACCAUCCAGGAUAUACUCAACAGCGAAUCUGGUUCUAUACAUGGCACCAAAGGAUACUUGGGCAUAACGAAAUAUCUUUGGAAAAAAGAUACUGAAGAAUACCUCAAUGCUUUCAAAGAAAACGGUCAUAAAAUACUAGACGAUUUAAAUGGAUACGAUCAAGUUGGAUAUUCACAACCACAAUUCACAAUUAACAAUAAAUUGAGGCAAAGUUCAGCGGUGGCUUAUAUAAGCCCUAUAGCAGAUCGUCCAAACCUUUAUAUACUAAGAAACACUGAAGUCAAGAAAAUUAUUAUCAGUAACAAUACCGCUGUAGGCGUUGUAGUAACUAAUGUAAAUGGAACAUAUCGAAUAAAUGCAAACAAGGAAGUUAUUCUUUCUGCAGGUGCAAUUAAGAGUCCACAGAUUUUGAUGCUAUCUGGAGUGGGGCCGAAAGAUCAAUUAGAAGGAUCAGGAAUAACGACAAUCUUGGAUUCACCGCAAGUUGGUGCUAAUCUACACGACCAUCCUCUUGUGCCGAUAUUCCUUGAGGGCACAGAGACACAUGUAGCGUUUUUGAGUGACCUGGACGUUAUUGGAAACUUGGAUGAAUUCCCUGAACCUUGUAUUAUGGGACGCGUGGCGAUCGACAAAAAUCAAACCUACCCCGAUUAUCAAGUCACAGCGUUCCCUUUUCCGACUGGAUCUUUGUUCGGUACGUUGAUGUGUACCGAGGUUUUUACAUGGAACGAUAAAAUUUGUACAAAAGCCGCUGACGCAUCUCGCCAUAACAUGUUCUUUGCUCUCGUUGCAUUAAUGCACCCGGACUCAAAAGGUUCGGUGCGUUUGAAUGCAAGCAAUCCGAAGAGUACCCCGGAGGUUCGUACAGGCUACUUUUCCAAUUCAAGUGACAUUACUAAAUUCGCUGACUCUGUAAUAGAUUACAUAUCGGUUCUUAAUUCAACAUUUUUCAAGAAAGCAUCCUACAAAGUCGCCGAUUUAGGCGUGGAACAAUGCAAACAAGAAACAUUUGGAACUCGGAGUUAUUGGGAAUGUUUUGUGUUGAAUAUGUCUGGGACGCAUUACCAUCCCGUUGGUACUUGUGCGAUGGGACCGAAAGGAGUUGUAGAUGAGACAUUAAAAGUUCGUGGAAUAGAUAGACUGAGAGUGGUGGAUGCUAGUAUUAUGCCUUCUAUCGUCCGUGGAAAUACAUAUGCCACCGUUGUUAUGAUUGCUGAGAAGGCCUCUGAUAUGAUUAAAAUCGAACAUGGAAUGUAUACGUAAAUAUUUUCUUUUACAUAGUUUCUUCGAUUUGUGAAUGUGAAAAGCAUUUGUUUCAAUGUGAUAUAAAAUAAAUAAAGGCUGUUUAUCAAAUCUU